AUGGGAGCUAAAGCUAGCACAAGCAAUGUCCAUGGUUCUGGUGGAGUUGCAGGUAGUAGCAACAAUGGAAUGAUGUUAGCCUCGGGAGUCAGUCAGCGUCAGCAAGCGGGACAAUCUUCCAGACUUCGAACGCAAUCAUCGACUUCUCCUCAAUCUAGUCGUAGAGGGUCUGCAUCCCGACUAGCAGCUAUUAACAGAAAUAACGACAGUCGAAGUGCUCGUUACGACCGCUUUAGAGCCCGAUCUGUUCAUUUUGAUUACGGACAGGGUUCAAGUGAGGACGAAUCCGAUGAAGAUUCCAGUUCGAGGCCCGAAAUGAACUCGACAUCAAGACGACAGGCUGCUGCACUUCGAGCUUUUUUGACGCAAUCAGUUUUGAUGUCGGGACUCAGAUGCCCACUGUGUAAACAAAUGAGCUCUGACUCUGAACAAUUUCAGGCACACGUCAUUCACUGUUUAACAAAACCACGGCUGACUUACAACGUAGAAAAGUUGGAAAACGACAAGGAUGAGGAAUGUGUAAUAUGUUUUGAAGACUUUCUGAAAGACGAAUGUAUUGCUCGCCUACCGUGCCUUUGCAUAUACCACAAGAAGUGCAUUGACGACUGGUUCAAAGUGAAUCGAAAAUGUCCCCAGCACCCAAAUGCUGAAGCAUCUGAUUACGAACAUGGCUCUCUGCUAAACGACGAGACAGCAGCCUCUGAUGACGUUUCAGCGGCAUCAACGAGUGCCGCUAGACCACAAAGCUCGACCUCGAAUGACUUGGUAUUUUCCGAGGAAAUGCCUAAACACGUAGUUGUAAACCACGUUACAUUCGCUGAAAACAAUACAGUAGACGUUGAAGAUUAG